CCGGCGACAAAUUACGUCCCUUUUGCCAGCGUUCGCGACUGUUGGCAAACAGUUUUUAAUUAUUUACUCUGUGUUUGCGCUUGGAAUGGACAUAAUUGGCGACUAACAUCUAUUUACGAACGCCCAAGGAACAUGCGAUUGUCGGUUUUUAACGAGAAUGAUAAAGUACUGCUGUUGGGCGAGGGGAAUUUCUCAUUCUCCACGAGUUUACGUGAACAUAACCUGAAAAUUCGUAUUACCUCGACUUGUUAUGAGUCUUCAGCUAUCAGUGAAGAGGCUGAAGGAAAUAUCAAGUAUCUAGAGACUCAUGGGGUGUCCGUUCUACUCGGAGUAGACGCGACACAAUUAUCGGCCCACGUAGCCCUGAAAUCCCAGAAAUUCGAUAAAAUAGUCUUCAAUUUUCCCCAUUGCUGUAGUAAAAUGCGACUAGACAAGAAUCGAAACUUGUUGAGAGACUUUUUCGUGUCCUCUGGAGGCCUCUUAGAGUCUAAUGGGCAAAUCCUGGUGACUCUGUGUAACGGCCAGGGUGGCACGUUGAGGGAUGCCCCCAGGAGGCGGUGGGACGACUCCUGGAAGGUCAGGGAAAUGGCCGCACAUGGAGAUCUCGUCCUCACGUCAGUCGAGAAUUUCCUUAUCGAUCUGUUCGAGGGCUACAAAGUCACAGGGUACCGAGGGCUAGACAAGAAAUUUCAUAUGAAUGAAGCCCUCACUCAUGUCUUUGCAAAAGUAUCGCCUCCUGUUCCCUCUGAUUUCAUCCCCUAUUCCCUUUUGGAUGAAGUGUUGACAUCAUUCCAUUGUGCCAGUUGUUUUCGGAAUGAUGAGUCAGUGGCACUUCCGCUGCGAAGCCGAAAGCCAAAAUCUACUAGGGAUACACUUCAAUAUUUUGUGGAUGUCAAACAGGUGAGAGUAUCCGGGGGAAAAGGGGGAGACGGUGCUGUAAGUUUCCUCCAAGCGUGGGCGAACGAGCACGGUGGACCCGACGGAGGGGACGGUGGACACGGAGGUCACGUAAUCUUCCAGGUCUCGAGGGACGUCACUAGUUUGAACCACCUGAAACCCGUUAUCGACGCGGAAGAGGGCGAGAAGGGGUACAAUAAAGACUGUCAUGGCAAGAAUGCACAGCACACUGUUGUCAAAGUGCCCGUUGGCACUAUUGUCAGAAGUACAGAUGGCAAUAUUCUGGCUGACCUGGAGGAGGAGGGGAUGAUGUUUAUCGGUGCUCGAGGGGGUGCUGGGGGCCAUGGGAAUGCCUUCUUCGCGUCCGAUGUCCAGCAGGCACCCAGAAUCGCUGAGUUUGGGGCUAAGGGGGAGAACACACAGUAUGUGCUUGAAGUUAGAUCCAUGGCACAUGUUGGAUUGAUUGGUCUUCCGAAUGCUGGAAAAAGCACCCUCCUCCGUGCAAUAAGUCGAGCACGCCCCAAAGUGGCAUCUUACGCUUUCACAACCCUGAAACCUCACAUAGGAAUGGUGCAGUAUGAUGAUUACGAGCAGAUAGCUGUUGCCGACUUACCUGGGCUCAUUGAAGACUCACACAAGAACAAAGGCCUGGGGAUAAUGUUCCUUAAACAUGCGGAAAGAUGUGCUGCAUUGCUAUUCAUGCUGGACGUCAGCCUCGAAGAGCCCUGGGAUCAGUUGGACAUUCUCAGGAAUGAAAUCAGUCAGUUCAGUGAUAGAUUGAACCAGAGGCCCAAGCUAGUCAUUGCUAAUAAGAUCGAUAUCCCUGGGGCUGAGGAGACGCUGAAAAAACUGAAGGAAAAAAUCGACAUCCCAGUGAUUCCAAUAUCCGCAAAAACGGGCACCAACAUCCCAACGCUGCUUCGAGAAAUGCGAAUCCUCUACGACCGAGAGCUAUCAAAAAUCGCCAAGAAUAAAUCAGAAGCCGCUUCUGAGUAACUUGAAAUCUAUAUUUUUCAUGUAAAAUAGGAAAUAUAUAAAAUCCAAGAAAA